ACCUCUUACAGCCCCGGGCUUGCCCCAGAGUGCCCUGGCAUUGACCUGGAGAGCAGCUGAAACCUCAGUGUCUCCCACCCACAGCUGCCCCCAACCCGGGCUGCAGCCAUGGAUAAAUUCCGCAUGCUGUUCCAGCACGUCCAGUCCAGCUCCGAGUCCGUGAUGAACGGCAUCUGCCUGCUGCUGGCCGCAGUCACUGUCAAGCUGUACUCCUCCUUCGACUUCAACUGCCCCUGCCUGGCGCGCUACAAUGCCCUCUACGGCCUGGGCCUGCUGCUCACACCCCCGCUCGCCCUUUUCCUCUGCGGCCUCCUGGCCAACCGGCAGUCCGUGGUGAUGGUUGAGGAGUGGCGCCGGCCCACCGGGCGCCGGAGGAAGGACCCGGGCAUCAUCAGGUAUAUGUGCUCCUCUGUGCUGCAGAGAGCUCUGGCCGCCCCCCUUGUCUGGAUCCUGCUGGCCCUCCUCGAUGGGAAGUGCUUUGUGUGUGCCUUCAGCUGCUCCGUGGACCCCGAGAAGUUUCUAGACUUUGCCAACAUGACCCCCAGCCAGGUGCAGCUUUUUCUGGCCAAGGUGCCCUGCAAGGAGGAUGAGCUGGUCAGGGACAGCCCUGCUCGGAAGGCAGUGUCUCGCUACCUGCGGUGCCUGUCACAGGCGAUCGGCUGGAGUAUCACCCUGCUGCUGAUCAUCAUGGCCUUCCUGGCCCGCUGCUUGAGGCCCUGCUUUGACCAGACAGUCUUCCUGCAGCGCAGAUACUGGAGCAACUACGUGGACCUGGAGCAGAAGCUCUUCGACGAGACGUGCUGUGAGCAUGCGCGGGACUUCGCGCACCGCUGCGUGCUGCACUUCUUCGCCAGCAUGCAGAGCGAGAUGCGGGCGCGUGGGCUGCGCCGGGACUCCGCGGGCAGGAGCCCCGAGCUCCCCCAGAUGCCCGCGCCCCUCGAGGACGUGGACGGCGAAAGCAGGAAGACCCACCUGCGCGCAGUCUCCAGUGGGGAGCAGGUGGACCACCUCCUGAGCUCCUGGUAUUCCAGCAAACCACCACUUGACCUCCUGGCACCCCCAGGGUCCUGGAGGGGUGGCCUCAGCCACCGCUCCCCCACGGUGGCCCUGGACACCAGGCUGUCCCAGCACACUGAUGUGUAGGGACCCUGGCAGUGUAAAACACCCAUGCUGACAAGGCUCUGGGGGCUUUCCAGGCUGUGAGGACCCCCAAUGCAGGGCAGCCUAACCCUUGUUGGCCUCCUUCCCCAAAUUAGCCCAAUCUCUGGCCAAGUUUCUGAUGGGUCUCCUGUGUGCUCUAAAGCAGUGCUUCAUAAACUUCAGUGAGCUCACUGUUCACCUGGGGCUCUUGUUAAAUGCAGGUUCUGAUUCAGUGCGUUCAGGGCUGGGUCUGAGACUGCGUUUCUAACCAGCUCCCAGGUAAUACUGAUGCUUCCGGUCAGUGGACCAAACUUUGAGUAGCAAGAGUCUAAAUAGAUUUGCCAUGGGUUCUGGGUCCUCUAU